UGACGAAUUUCACGAGAAAUUAUUGUCAUUUCUGUGAUGAUGAAUGCUAUAUAAGGGUAAAAAUCAUACCUACAUUUGAAGUAACUAUAGAUUGAAAGUACUUUUUUGAACCAGUAUCGUGGUUUCGUCGUCCACUGACCUAACAAGUAACUUCAUAGCAUCAAGUCACCAAUAGACUCGAAUCAGAGAAUUUGAAAUGGCUUCGUACUCUUGGGUUCCCUCAUCUCAAGGAAAAGUUCCACCUAAUGCAAUUGUAGCAGGUAAAGAUGUCGACGGUGGGCUUUUGUACGUUGGUAAAGUUAUACACGAAGGAGAUACGGUGCCAUGUAAAAUUGCACCUUCUGCCGGAGGAGCUUUUGUUGCAUUCGCCGGAGAAGAACAUUCCAAAUUUGAUUACGAAGUUCUCUGUGGCUCGAACGUUGCCUGGCAGUCGGCAUCAAAUGGCCAAGUACCAAAGAAUGCCAUCGUUGCUGGACAAACUAGCGAUGGAGAAAAAUUGUACAUUGGCCGAGCUAUUCAUCAAAGUUCACUGACUCCUGGAAAGGUUCAUCCGAGUCAUGGAGUCUUAUAUAUUUCAUUCGGAGGAAAAGAAAUCACUCAUAAAGAUUAUGAAGUUGCGAUACAAAUUUGAAUAUCCAGCAAAACCGUAAAAAUAUUCAAGAACUCGUUCUUAUUCCAUGCACAAAAUGAACCCACUGGACCAUAUUCAAUUUCAUUUUCCACACAAAUAAUUGAAUCAUCCAUUUACCUAAUACACAUAUUUUCAAUAAUUUUGAACGCUCAACUACUGAUUUUUUAAAUUGAAAUUUGAAACGAAUAAAAAAUUUUAAAUAUCUGCUAA